AUGCCCAAACUGCACAUUGGCAUUACCGGUUUAACAGCAACAUGGAAAGCGCAACCGAAAGAAAAAGAAACGCCAAUAAACGAUGUCCCCGAGCCUAACAAUUCUCCUGCAGGUUCCCACGCUCAGCGUGACGCAUUCUUUAGCAUUGUACAACCCACAAUUGACAAGAAUAAAGACAUUCCUUUAGAUAGCUUUUGCACUGUACCCGAGUCAAUGAUUUAUCUUGAUAUGUAUGAUGAUGCCACAGUAAUCCAUAAGCGCCAGUAUCCCAUUCCAGUUGCUUGCCUUGAUAAGGUUCGUGAACAGGUCCAAUCUUGGAUCGAUGAUGGCGUGGUUGAAAAGGCACCUGUAUCCACUAUGUGGAACAGCCCUAUCACAUUGGCACCCAAAAAGGAUCUCUUCGGUAAUUACACUGACAAACGCCCUUGCUUAGAUCCUCGACACAUUAAUAAAGUAUUGAUCACCCCGGAUCGUCAUCCGUUGCCUUUAAUCAAUGAUAUCUACCAUGAAUUGCAAGGUAGCAAGGUGUUUACCACCUUAGACCUUAAAAGUGCUUUCCACAGGUUUGAAAUCUAUGAACCACACAGACCUAAAACAGCAUUCAAGGUUCCUGGCUUUCCACAGCUAAUGUUUAAAGGUUGUCCUUUUGGACUCAAACCUAUUUCUUCCACCUUCCAACGCACUAUGAACAUCAUUUUCAAUGAUAUGCCUUUCGUAUCCACUUUCGUGGAUGAUAUCAUCAUCUUUUCAAAGACUAUUGAGGAACACGCUCAACAUGUGGCUGCCGCCAUUGAGAAACUUACCAGCGUCAACUUAAUCCUCAACCCAAAUAAAUGUCACUUCGCUCAAAAAGCGGUCUACCUCCUUGGCUUUUGUGUGUCUGAACAGGGUAAAUCUCUUGAUGCACGCAAGGUUACUAAUGUACAGGAUUGGCCCACACCGCAAACUGGAAAAGACAUCAUGCGCUUUCUUGGGGUCAUCAACUAUUUUCGUGAACACAUCCCAAAGGCCGCUGAUUUAAUGGCUCCCCUUGACAAGCUUCGAUACGCCAAUCGACUUGGUAAGCUUUGGGGUAAUGUUGAACAACAGGCUUUUGACAACCUAAAAACAAUCUUACAUCAGGCACCUAUUCUGUGCCACCCUGAUCUUAACCAUCCUUUUCAGGUUGCUACGGAUGCCUCUAACUCUGGCAUUGGGGCGGUACUUUAUCAGGUAAUCAAUGGUAAAACACACCAUAUUGGCUUCAUGGCACGCUCACUUUCUGCUUCGGAACGUAAUUACUCCACUACUAAGCGUGAGCUACUCGCCAUUGUCUUCGCUCUUAAUAAAUUUCAUAAGUUUCUCUGGGGUAAUCACUUCACUUUAUACACCGAUCAUAAAGCAUUGGUCUUUUUACAUACACAAAAGAUUGCCAACCCAAUGAUGCUUGGGUGGUUGGACACUAUUCUUGAAUACAAUUUUAACAUUGUGCACUUGCCUGGACUUGAUAAUACUUUACCUGAUCAGCUUUCACGCCUUUUCCCUACGGCUAAAGAGCUGGCAGAGGGCAGUGCUACGCAAACGCAUAGUAAUCAACACACCUCUUACACAAAUCAUGCCAUCGAGGUCAAAGGCAGCAACACCAAUAAUACCAACAGCGGUAUGGAUGAUGGCACAGACGAUAUGUUUGUACCACCCGAAUCUCAACGCAAGCAAUUGCUACUUGAAGCACACGCUUUUGGUCUCUUUGGUGCUAAGGCAAUGGUAGACUACCUCCAUUCCAAUGGUUUAACAUGGGAUAACAUGCACCGUGAAGCACAGGGUAUUGUACAUAGCUGUGACAAAUGUCAACGAUACAACAUCGGUAAAGUCGGCUAUCACCCUUUACGUCCUAUCCACGCUUACCUACCUGGUGAUCACUGGGCAAUUGACUUAGCUGGUCCUUUCGAUACAAGCAAUCGUGGUAACAUUUACUUAUUAGUUAUGGUUGACGUAUGCACGCGAUUCUGCGUUUUACAUGCAUUGCCGGAUAAAUCAUCCGAUACAGUGGUACAAGUGGUUGUUCACACUUUUUGCGAUUAUGGUUUCCCCCGCUAUUUGCAAUCCGAUAAUGGCACUGAAUUUGUUAAUGCAUUAAUGCGUAAACUUACAGAGUCAGCCGGAUUUGAGCAUCGACUCGUUACACCUUAUCAUCCACGGGCCAAUGGCUUGGCAGAGCGUUUCGUACAAACCACUGUCAAUGUCAUCCGUAAGUGCGUCCAAGGAGCAAUCAAAGAUUGGGACUUGUAUGUGAAGCCUACACAACUUGCUCUCAACAAUAAGGUUGCAGGUCGCCAUGGGUCCACUCCUUUUGCUUUAAUGUUCAAUAGAGCCAUGAACGGUGUCGUAUUCUCAAGAUCUCAUCACCAUCAUCUUUCAUACUCAGCAU